AAUUCUAAAACUGUGUCGUUUAAUCACAGUUUACAUUUUGGCUCAUUAUCAGAUAAGAAUUCUUCUAUAAAGUGGUGAGGUAAUUGAGGUAAAUUACCAGUGCUAAAGUCUCCACCUAAGGAAAUGCAGUCUUUGAUAUUUAUUUUGUUCUUGGGUGCAGCAGUUGCUGCCCCAAGUAAUGAAGAUUACGAUUACUACUACGACUAUUUUGGUUCAUCACAACAAAUCGACGAGAAAAUAAAAGACGACAUAGAACGUGAGCUUUAUGGGUUCGAAUUCGGCCUGGCACUAGGGGGAACAAUAUUUGAUUUGGACUUAAAUCAGUUGGAACACUCACUAUGCGACAGACUUUACGAGAACGCCCAAAUAAUAUUCAGAAACGACUCCGGUGUGCUACGAUUGAACAGCCAACCUGUAAAAGAACAAAUUUCGUCCAUGUUGAGUUAUUUAAAUAAGACACCACUGAAGAAUUUCACCGAUCUGGUACUGGUAACGUUGGGGAAAGCUCUUCUAGAACAACUAAGGAUUGCAAUAGAAUGGGCAGACAGAGUGAUAGCGGUGCCGAUUUAUGUCAUUCAGGAGUUGCACAGAUUGCACUCGAAGAUGUUCCAGGACGCUGUCCUGGAGGCCAAGUCUUACUGGAGGUUCACCAGGACUGCUCUGAUGAUGUUCGGGUUUGAUGUUGAUGGCAUCGUCGAACACAUUAGAGAUGUCCUUUUGGGAUACUAUUAGAUCUGAAUAAAACUAGUUGAUCAAGCGUA